AAUUAUUAUUAUUUGAACAAAAACUGUUUGUAUCUUAUUUACAUUUUCUUGUAUGAGCAUUGGUGUGCUUGCCACUUUUUAAAAGGUACAGUAAAUUAAUAAUGAAUGGUAUGCUAUCAAAAUAUUUUCUUUAAGCUGGAUCACCCCUUGAUAAUCACGAAGGAGAAGUUUGAUUUAUUUCUUUUUUCUUUUUCAGAAGACAGUGGAUUAUCAAUGAAACAAUUGACCAGAAAUAUUACUCAAGAGGACUUUGGGAAAAAAUAUAGCUGUGGAAUGUGUAGCAAAGUAUAUAGCCUUAAAUGGAGCUUAAAAGAUCAUAUAAGAAGACACACUGGAGAAAAUCUACGUAAAUGUGAACUUUGUUUGAAAACAUUCAUUAAAAAGUCCCAUUACAUUCGACAUUUAAGGAUACAUACUGGAGAAAAACCCUUUAAAUGUGACAUUUGUUCAAAGACAUAUAGACAUAGUUUCCACUUAACUACCCAUGUCAAACGAAAACAUACUACUUAGAAUUAAACUGUUCUGUUCAAAACUACUGUGGAUAUGUUAUACUGAUUUCAGUAUUGUUUGUGUUUUUCAAUAAAUUAACUAGCAUUUUACCAGUUGUGGGUUGGUUUUUAUCUUUUUAUGUACUUAUAUAUAUAAGUAAAAUUGGCUUUCAUAAACCUUAUAUUUAGCUCUCAAGAGACAGGACUUAACCUUAUUGUCAAUGAGCCAAACUAGAUGAUGAUUGUUGCUACAGAAGUGGCUGAAUACAUAAAGGUCAAACCUAAUGAUUUUGUUUUGUUCAAACAUUGUCAAACAUAAAGAACAUAGUAUUUAGAGGCCAAAAUACAAUUUUAUUCAAAAAAAUUAAUCAAAAUUAGGCUUAUUUGUAGGUCCUGGAAUGAUUACAUUUUACAAUGAUUUAUUUUACAAUGAUUAUAACGAGU